CAGUAUUACAGAAAAAGACUCCUACCAAAAACACACCUCCUCUCUCAUUCACACAAGUCUCAUGCCAGAGCAAAAAUAUUGAUUGCUGAAAAAGACUCCUACCAACAAUACUUUCCCAGCUUCCUUAAACCAAAAUCUCUCUCUCCCUCUCCCUCUCCCUCUCCCUCUCUCUCUCUAAAGGCAAUAGUAAAAGAACUCUCUCUAUAUCUCCCUCCCUCCCUCCCUCCAAUGUCUUCCAGCAAAAAGCCCAAGCUUAUCAAAACCCUACUCACAUCCAAUAUUGCAGGUUGUGGCUGUGGCAAGCCAAAGCUCUCAGAUGUAUAUGAGCCAACUCCAAAACCCAAAUCCCAAAUCCCCCAAAACCCAACUCUCCAACGACGUUCUUCUUCAAGCUCUUGUGACAAAAAUGGCAGUUUCACUGUUGAUGACGACGAUGAUAACGACCAGUGCACCUCCACCACCAUCUCCUUCAACAAUAACUCCUCCUCACACCCGUCUGAUUCAUCAGAAAGUACAAAUCCAAAGAACACCAAGUUCCCAAGCCCCAAGUGGACGAAGAUCGACGACAGCAUUGCUGUGGUGAAGGAAUCCGACGAUCCCUACCAAGACUUCAGGCAGUCUAUGCUGCAGAUGAUCGUAGAGAAGCAGAUUUAUUCAAAGGAGGAUCUGCAGGAGCUGCUCAGCUGCUUCCUUGAACUCAACUCUGCAUCCCACCAUGAUGUUAUCAUCCAAGUUUUUACACAAAUCUGGAAUGAUCUGAUCAGAGAAAGUAAGAAACCGAUCAUGUGAAUCCCAGCGGUGACACGUGUCAUGGUCAUGUGAGGCAUUGAAUUGAUGGGCAAGUCGGAGGGGUUGGGAAAAUUCAUUAGCCAUAAAUUCAUGGGGUUGGUACUCAAGAUUAAAGCACAUGCAGAGAGAUAUUGUGUUUUCCUAUUUGGUGGGUUGGUGUGUAUGGUGGGAGAAAAACUUACACGAAAUGGGGGUGUCACUGCGGUGAUAUUUCAGGCCUAGCACCUAUUAUCAUGUAUUUUAAUUUUCCGACAUGCUUGAAAUAUCGCUAAAGUGACAUUCCCUUUACAUGUAAAUUCUUCUAGUAUGGUGGAUAGAUAGGAAAUUUUAAAUAGCUUAGAAUUUUUUUAUAUAAGAAAAUG